UUUCCAUGUGUCUUUCUCCCCUCUGCUCACCUUUCCUUUUCUGUACCCUCCCUUCUCUGUAAGGAAGGGUGCGUCGCCUCCCUUAGCACCCCGCUCGGCAUUGGGCCCUGCUCCUUGCAGUGCCGGGUCGGCUCCUCCUCGGUAUUAGGGGUCAGUUAUGCGUGUGUGCAGCCCCUCUCUGGACAGUGCGACUGGUGGGAACUCAGGCCCAGCCCACACAGCGUGAGGCGAGCGGGCCAACCGGUCCUCAAGGGUUUCCCUGAGCCCCAGUGACUCUCCCCUCCCUCCCACCGCUUCCCUGUGUCCACAGCCGCAGGCCCCGAGAGUAUGAAGAGAGAGAGUCGGUAGGGCAGGACGAUGGCCGACAAGCGCAAACUCCAAGGUGAGAUUGACCGCUGCCUCAAGAAGGUGUCUGAGGGCGUGGAGCAGUUCGAAGAUAUCUGGCAGAAGCUCCACAAUGCGGCCAACGCGAACCAGAAGGAAAAAUAUGAAGCCGACCUGAAGAAGGAGAUAAAGAAGCUUCAGCGGCUGAGGGACCAGAUCAAGACAUGGGUGGCGUCCAACGAGAUCAAGGACAAGCGGCAGCUCAUAGACAACCGCAAGCUCAUCGAGACGCAAAUGGAACGGUUCAAAGUUGUGGAACGAGAGACCAAAACCAAAGCUUACAGCAAGGAGGGGCUGGGCCUGGCGCAGAAGGUGGACCCGGCCCAGAAGGAGAAGGAGGAGGUCGGCCAGUGGCUCACGAACACCAUCGACACACUGAACAUGCAGGUGGACCAGUUUGAGAGUGAAGUUGAGUCGUUGUCGGUGCAGACGCGGAAGAAGAAGGGCGACAAGGAUAAGCAGGACCGGAUCGAGGGCCUGAAGCGCCACAUUGAGAAGCACCGCUACCACGUGCGCAUGCUCGAGACCAUCCUGCGCAUGCUGGACAACGACUCCAUCCUGGUGGACGCCAUCCGCAAGAUCAAGGACGACGUCGAGUACUACGUGGACUCGUCGCAGGACCCCGACUUCGAGGAGAACGAGUUUCUCUACGAUGACCUGGACCUCGAGGACAUUCCACAGGCGCUGGUCGCCACCUCCCCGCCCAGCCACAGCCACAUGGAGGAUGAGAUCUUCAACCAGUCGAGCAGCACCCCGACCUCCACCACCUCCAGCUCCCCGAUCCCGCCCAGCCCCGCCAACUGCACCACGGAGAACUCUGAGGAUGACAAGAAGAGGGGACGCUCGACGGACAGUGAGGUCAGCCAGUCUCCCGCCAAGAACGGCUCGAAGCCCGCCCACGGCAGCCAGCACCCUCAGUCCCCGGCCGUACCCCCCAGCUACCCCUCCGGCCCCCCGUCUGCCCCCUCCGCCCUGAGCACUGCCCCCGGCAACAAUGGGGCCACCCCAGCGGCUACCCCCAGUGCCCUGGGCCAGAAGAACAGCCCAGCCCCCAGCCACAGCUCAGGCACCCCAGCGCCCUAUGCCCAAGCCGUGGCCCCACCCGCCCCCAGCGGACCCAGCGCCGCCCAGCCCCGGCCCCCCAGCGUGCAGGCGGGGGGCUCCGGCUCCAGUGCCAGCGCCGCCAAGCAGAACGGCGCCACCAGCUACAGCUCCGUGGUGGCCGACAGCCCGGCUGAGGCCACGCUUAGCAGUGGGAGCAGCAGCGCCAGCAGCCAGGCCCUGGGCCCCUCUGCCCCCCACAACCCGCCUCCCAGCAGCUCGAAAGAGCCUAGUGCUCCGGCCCCUGCAGGGGCUGGGGGCAUCGCCCCAGUCUCAGGGAACAACACGGCGGGUCCCAGCCUCCUGGUGCCGCUUCCUGUGAACCCACCCAGCUCCCCCACGUCCAGCUUCAGUGAGGCCAAGACAGCUGGUGCUCUGCUCAACGGCCCCCCGCAGUUCAGCACCGCCGAGAUAAAGGCCCCCGAGCCUCUGAGCUCUCUCAAGUCCAUGGCCGAGCGCGCAGCCAUCAGCUCGGGCAUCGAGGACCCGGUGCCAGCGCUGCACUUGACCGAGCGAGACAUUCUCCUGAGCAGCACGUCGGCACCCCCAGCCUCGGCACAGCCGCCCCUGCAGCUGUCAGAGGUGAAUAUACCGUUGUCCCUGGGCGUGUGUCCACUGGGCCCGGUGCCCCUAACCAAGGAGCAGUUGUACCAGCAGGCCAUGGAAGAAGCCGCCUGGCACCACAUGCCGCACCCCUCGGACUCGGAGCGCAUCCGGCAGUACCUGCCCCGGAACCCCUGCCCGACGCCCCCCUACCACCACCAGACGCCGCCCCCGCACUCGGACACGGUGGAGUUCUACCAGCGCCUGUCCACGGAGACGCUCUUCUUCAUCUUCUACUACCUGGAGGGCACCAAGGCGCAGUACCUGGCAGCCAAGGCCCUGAAGAAGCAGUCCUGGCGCUUCCACACCAAGUACAUGAUGUGGUUCCAGCGGCACGAGGAGCCCAAGACCAUCACCGACGAGUUUGAGCAGGGCACCUACAUCUACUUCGACUACGAGAAGUGGGGCCAGAGGAAGAAGGAAGGGUUCACCUUCGAGUACCGCUACCUGGAGGACCGGGACCUCCAGUGACGCCGGCCCCUCCCCGCAUGCUCCCCCCCAGGACGAAGGGGGGCGGCAGGCUUUUCUCUGCCUCACCCCCCCGCCCCGCCCCUCCCCAGCGAGGGACAUUUUUUGGUAAACCUAUUUUCAUUUUGGAAAAUAUUUAUGAAUAAAUAGUUUUAUAUGAUGCUGGCA